AUGACACAGUCAGAGCCGUUCGCAGUAACAGGACUCGAGUUUGCCGGGCCACUGUGGAUAAAGGCACAACGUUCAGCAAAGGAGGCAUACUUCGUAAUUUUUGUGUGCGCAGUGACCAGAGCCGUACACCUUGAACUUGUAGAAGCAAUGUCAGCGACCGCGUUUCUACUGGCGUUCCGGCGGUUCGUAGCGCGGCGAGGAAUACCCAAAGUUGUCUAUAGUGACAAUGCCAAGGCUUUCCGCAAGAGCAACAAGGAGAUUAGAAAAUUAUGGGAUGUGACACACGGUCAUGAAAUCGAAGAGAAGAUUGCUGAAUGGAGAGUAGAGUGGCGGUAUAACGUACCAUAUACCCCAUGCUGGGGCGGCUUCUACGAACGUCUAUUACGAUCGGUGAAAGUCACCUUGAAGAAGACGAUCGGCGCAAGAUGUCUGAAGGAAGCCGAACUCAAUACCAUUCUCACAGAAGUCGAAGCCGUCCUGAACUCUCGUCCAAUAACAUUCGUGUAUGAGGAGGAAGGUACGCAUCCACUGUGUCCAUCGGCAUUCCUGACGGGAAAGCGAUUGACAACGCUACAGAACACCAAAGCUAGCGAUGUACCAGAGAGCAGUGGCAGUACUCUACAGAUAAUGUGGCAGAAACGGGCAGAGAAUUUGAAUACCUUCUGGAAGAGAUGGUCCGCGGAAUAUCUCACGGAGCUCAGGAACUUUCAUAACAAAAGCAAAGGAGGACAACGUCAAGUGGAUGACAUCGUGAUCGUCCGCGAUGACAGAAAGAAGAGACAAGGAUGGUCGACGGGACAAAUAAUACGAAGCUUUCCAGGCAAAGACGGAAAAACACGGGCUUUCGAGGUCCGCAUGUCAGAUCGAACCACAGUGCUACGGCCUGGAGAUCUGCUAUAUAAACUCGAGGUGUAA